AUGGCCCCAGGCCCCCUGCUCUGGACGCUGGCGCUGAUUGCAGGCUGCCGGGCGCAGGACCUGUGGGUCUCCCAGCCCGUCUCCGUGCAGGGCACCGAGGGCGGCUCCGUCACCCUGCCCUGCUCCUACAACAGCACCCGGGAGCCCCGGCUGGGCAGCUACACCUGGGUGAAGGAGGUGGCGGGCGCCCGGCUGGAGCUGAGCGACGGGACCCAGGAGUUCAGGGGCCGGGUGAGCCGGGCCCAGGACCGGAGCUUCCUGCGGGAGCGGAGAGCCGAUGUGGAGCUGCGGGAGCUGAGACCCUAUGACACCGGGACCUACCGCUGCCUGGUGAAGAUCCCCACCCUGGGCGAGGGGGCGGGGAAUGGGACGUGGCUCCAGGUGCUGAAAGCGGUGUCCCGGAGGAGACAGAGACGAGUCAGGGAGCGUCAGUCCAAAGCCCAGCUGCGAAUGUGA